CACGUGUGCAGGCUUGCUCGUCUGCCUGCUCGUACUUUGACGGGACAAAAACACGUAGGUGGUUUCUUGUUUUCUUGCAGACUUUAUUUCCAAACUAGAAUCCAUCCCGCCAUGAGGAAGACUCCCAUCUUCCUCCAGCAUGCAGAAGUAGGAAGGGAGGGCUUCAUUUUGACGCGCUGACGCUGCGAAGAUUGUGCAAAAGUUCAUGUAAAUACAGGAGCAAAGCUGCGUUUGUGUUUUUACAAAUGCAAGACAGUGUGGAUUUCUGAUUAAAGGAAAAAUGAUUUCGAGGAAAAUUCACGCAGGAUCGUGUAGAUCAUGGCUGUUUCGGGUGUAUUUGAGGCAGGAGCUCUGUUGUUUCUCCUCUGUGCCCCCCCAGCCGGUGCCCCCUCUAGCCCAGACCCUUCAAAGCUACCUGAAGGCUCUGGAGCCCUUGCUGCCCCCUGAGGAGAUAAGUCACACCCGGAGGAUGGUGCAGGAGUUCGGCAGGACAGGAGGCCUCGGGCCGCAGCUGCAGGAGCGGCUGGAGAAGAGAGCCAGACACACCAAGAACUGGAUCUCUCCCUGGUGGGUGCAGUGGGCGUACUUGGAGAGCAGACUGCCGCUGCCCGUGCACUCGAACCCGGCCAUCUCUCUGCCUAGGAGAGAUUAUAACGGCUGGAGGAGCCAGCUAGUGUUUGCAUCCAAACUGAUCGCAGCAGUUCUGGACUUCAAGGCAACAAUCAGCACGGGCCAGCUGCCGGUGGAGAACAUGCGAGGGAAGCCUCUGUGCAUGGAGCUCUACCCGCUCCUCUUCUCCUCCUGCAGGAUCCCCGGCCCCAAACACGACUACAUCGCCCACCAUGGCCGCGCCCGACGCUCGCCGACUCACAUCACCGUCGUCAGGAACUACCAGUUCUUCCAGCUGGAGGUUUACAACAGCGACGGCUCUCGGAUGACGGAGAGUCAGAUCCACGGUCAGCUGCUGAGGAUCCGCUCUCAGUCCUGGAAGACGGACAAAGAGCCGAUGGGCAUCCUGACCAGCGAACACCGUCACACCUGGGGACAGGCCUACAACCGCCUGCUGAGGGAUAAACUGAACAAGGAAUCCGUUGGGCUGAUUGAGUCUGGACUUUUCGUCUUGUGUCUGGACUCUCCGGUCAUGAGGAUAUCAGAUGAGAAGUACGCCAGCCGUAAAGCAGCGCAGGUCCUCCAUGGAGGCGGGACGUUCUCCAACAGCGGUAACCGCUGGUUUGAUAAGACGCUGCAGUUUGUGGUGGGAGAGGACGGCUCGUGGGGUCUUCUGUACGAGCAAGCCACCGCUGAGGGUCCGCCCAUCGCAACCCUGCUGCAUCACAUCCUGGACUACUGUGAGAAGCCAGACCCAAAGAGAGCCCCGCUGGUCCCUCUGCCGAUGCCCAAGAAGCUCUACUUUCACAUCGACCGAGAAAUAAAGAGGGACAUCGAGCACGCCAAGCAGAACCUCGACAUACUGAUCAACGACCUGGACGUGAAUGUGUUCAAUUUUAAGAAGUUCGGCAAAGAUCUUCCCAAGCAGCACGAGCUGAGUCCAAACUCCUUCAUCCAGGUGGCCCUGCAGCUCGCCUACUACAGAGUUCACAAUGAGGUCUGUGCAGCCUGUGGUAUUGUGUCUCAGCGGAUGUUUCGGGGAGGGAGGACAGAGUACGUCCGCUCGCCCACAAAUCAGACGCUCAAGUUCAUCCUUGCCUUCGAUGAUCCGUCAUUAUCGCGGGAAGCUAAGGUGCAACUGUUCAGAGAAGCUGCUGAUGCAUAUUCAGCUCUGGCUGAUCAGGCACUUAAAGGCCACGGCAUCGAGAGUCACCUGUUGGGACUGAAGCUGCAGGCCAUCGAGGAAGGGCUGAGCAUUCCCAAAAUCUUCAUGGACACAGCGUACGGCCUGGCGACGCACUGGAAGCUCCGAACAGGGCAGGUGCCGGCUAACACGGACAGCGUGAUGUGUUUCGGGCCCCUUGUUCCUGACGGUUACGCCAUUUGCUACAACCCACAGGCCGACCACGUCCACUUCUCCAUCACCGCCUUCAACUGCUGCGAGGAGACGAACGCGGAGACGUUAGCCGUCACCCUAAAGGACACUUUGUGUGAGCUGCAGGAGCUGCUGCAGCCGACUGUGUAGAGCCACUCGUCUCCACCUAAGAAGCCUAGACGAUGAUUGUUUCUGAUGUGGAUGUUUUUUGAGAACACCACACAGUGAUUUAUGAAAGCAGUGAAAUCUGAGUCAGUGUUGAAGACUGGAAACGGUGACUCUGAGGUGCUUUUGAUGCUUUUUUUUUGUACAGCUUUUGAUAAAGCAGUUAAUCACGUUUCUUGUCUAGAUAAGAAUGAGCAAGCAAGCUGCUUAUAGUUGUGGUACUUUUGACGCACUAAGAGUUACGUAACGCUGAUAUAUCUCCGGGUGGAUAGUAUAAGCCAAGCUGACACUCCGUCAUUAAUCAAAAUAAACUAGAAACAGCCUUGUUUGACCUGACUGCACUCCUUCUACAAGUCAUCAGACGACUUGCAGCCUCUUUGCAGAAUAAAUAUAUUUUUGUGUUCUACAUUGUCAUCAGUGUUGAUAAAUAUUUGAUCAUGCAUGUUAACAAGUUUGUUUGAAAUGGACCAAAAGCCUGAAAGCUGGCUAUAUAUAAGGUGGCAGUGCUUGUGUGUAUUUCCUGCAUUAUGAGACGAAUGUAAGAAACCUUUUGGCCUCACACUGAGGCGUGCUGUUCUGCUCCAACCUGCAGAACGUGUUAAUAAAGCCUGUUGAAACACGA